CGGGAUUUGUUCCAACAAACUAUUAAAACAUGGUGGAUUACUACGAAGUUCUAGGUGUGCAGAGACACGCCUCGCCAGAAGAUAUUAAAAAGGCGUAUUGUAAAUUGGCACUUAAGUGGCACCCGGAUAAAAAUCCUGAAAAUAAAAAAGAAGCAGAAAGGAGAAUCAAACAAGUAGCUGAGGCAUAUGAGGUGUUAUCAGAUGCCAAAAAACGGGACAUCUAUGACAAAUAUGGAAAAGAAGGAUUAAAUGGUGGAGGUGGAGGAGGUGGAAGUCAUUUUGAUAAUCCAUUUGAAUAUGGAUUCACAUUCCAGAACCCAGAUGAUAUCUUCAGGCGAUUUUUUGCUGGAAGGGACCCAUUUUCAUUUGACUUCUUUGAUCCAUUUGAGGACUUUUUUGGAAAUCGAAGAGGAUCUCGUGGAAACAGAAGCAGAGGUACAGGACCCUUUUUCUCUGUCUUUGGUGGAUUUCCAGGUUUUGGAAGUGGACUUUCUUCAUUUGAUACAGGAUUUACUUCAUUUGGUUCAGUGAGGCAUGGAGGCCUUACUUCGUUCUCUUCUACAUCAUUUGGUGUUAGUGGGAUGGGUAACUUCAGAUCCGUAUCAACUACAAAUAAAAUAGUAAUUGGCAGGACGAUUACUACAAAGAGAAUUGUUGAGAAUGCUCAAGAAAGAGUAGAAGUUGAAGAAGAUGGCCAGUUAAAGUCCUUAACAAUAAAUGGUAAGGAGCAGCUGCUACUCUUGGAUAACAAGUAAUUCAACGCACACAUUUAACAGAAAUAUUAAGCUAUUACAAGCGCCAUUUGAGGAUUAACAGGAACAUUUUUUUUGAAGAUUUCAAAAGAACUCUUUCAGUAUAAUUGUACCUAAUCUAAAGUAUUUAUAAAUGGCUCAUCGAAGCACCUACUUGUCAUAGACUUUGAGCUUAUU